GAAGACCUACGGAUUUUAUUCAUGAAAAGAGCCACUGUCAAAUGAAAUCUACAAUGUGCAGGAAUGUAAUGGAACAUAACUAUACAAAUUUGGAAAUAUCUGUACUUUGGUUACCUAGGUAUGUGCCUAAAUAUAAAUUAAUUUAUCUACCAUAUUAUUAUGUGUUUAUUAUUAUCUGAUUUUUACAAUGGUAUAACAAAUUUUAAUAUUUUGGCAAAUUGUAUUAAAUGUCAAAACAAUAUAAACUAUGGCCAAAUAAACCUUACUUUGUCAUAAAUGUAGAUACCUACUACUGUUCUGAUACAGACAAUUUUAAUCACAAUAACACCAUUAGUAUCAAUUAUUUAUUUUCCUUAUAUUCAUAUUUAGAAAAUCAUUAUUACUUAUUGCAGGCAAAUACUUUUUUUAAAUUUCAGACACAAAUAACAAUUGUAAAAAUGUAAGUACAUUAUAAGUAUAUACAGCCGUAUAGGUACCUAUAUUUUGUUUUAAUAAGAUACUUUGUAUAAUUUAGAGAUUGGAAAUGACUGUGCACUCUUUUGAAAUAUUCAUUACCAUCUAUAAUGUGUGAUCCAACUGGCCCGAUAAGCAAAGUAUUCAAGGUGUUUGAAUUAAAAACUUCUAUAGCAGUGUUUUUGUUUUGUCAGAAACAAAUAGAAAACAGACACGACGUUAUUGACAAUGAAAACGAUUUAAUUAGUGAGUGCUUAUGAACAUAUUGUAUAAUAUAUACAUUUUAAUUUCAUUAAUAAUAUUGUAUCAUGGUUCUGAUUUAUUAGACAAAUUAGAAACUGAAUACAUGCUCAAAGUAAUAUUAUUGGUUUUUAAUAUAAAUAUAUUAAAAAAUAUAAUAUCUUGAUAUUAUAUGUUUAUUACUAAAUUGUGUUUCAAUUUUAAUUUUUAGCUGUGUCUUAAAAAAACAUGAAUGAGGACCUGGUUUCUAUUAGAUUUGAAUUUAUAUAUCAACGAUGAAAUGAAUAUCCGAUUUUAUACUAUUGACUGAUUAUCAUUCUAACAGAUGAUUUUUUUAUGUAUCCCAUGGAAUGGAUUUAACAUAAAAUAUACAUAAUAUCAUUAGCCAUCAGCAAAACACAUUUUCUUUAUUUAUUAUUAAUAUUAAACUAUACUCAAUACUAUUAAAUAACAGAACAAUUUUUAACCUACAUAUUAUGGAAAAUAAUGGAUAUAUUUUAAUUCAGGCUCAUAUUAUUUAUUGCUGAGUAAAGAUUACCUAAAAUUAAUCCAUAUGUGUUUAGUAAUUAUAUAUAGUCUAAAAAAUGUUUUAUUAAUUUGUAAUAUGUCAAUAAAUAUAAAAUAUAUUUUGUGAUGUUGAUGAAAAUUAUAGUAAUCGAGUAUCAAAAAUUGAAAAAUCAACACAAAGAAAUACUUUAAUGAUUUCCGUUUGACAUAAUGGUCAAAUGGUAAUAUCUUAUGAAAAACAUAUUGUCCCAACUAGAAGUAAUUUAAAUUUGAAAUUAACGUUAGAUUACAAAUAUUAAAUUUAAUUAUAUUUAUUAUGAUAUUUACAGUUGUACCUAUAAUAUGUUUUUCAUUUUAUAAUUUAUAGAAAUUGGAGAAGAUUUUGUACUAUUUUGACCAAUUACAAUACAGAGGAGUAAUUUGAAGGAGAAAAAUUUGAAUCAGCUGAAGAUGAAUAGUUCACAUUUGCACUUCCAGAUUAGCCAAUCAAGAGAUUGUUUGGGGGAGGUGAUGCUAUACCUUCUUGUGGUCUCCCCUGUGAGUAGUGUGAAUCUUAGCGUAAUUUUUCAAAGUCAAUAUACUGCGAACUCUACAAUGUUCACAUGAAACGAAAUAGCAUCAAAAUCGACAGCCAAACAUCACCAGACCUCUACUAAUAUUAUGACCCUACUUGUUUGAAAACAUUAUAUUGUUCAUUAGUUGAAUACGGUCAAAUUAUAUGGAGUCGUUUUCAAACCGGUCUCAUAACUAACAUCGAAAAACUACAAAAACGUUUUACAAAUUUGUAAAAAUUGACACCCAAUUCUAACUUAUUAACUUAAAAACUUAAUCUUCAAUGCUUUUCAGAUACAUAGUUUAAUUAUGAUAUUAUUUUCUUACAUGAUUCUUACACGAUUCUCAUGCGGGUGGCAGCAUCGAGUGACAAUCAGUUCAGAUACAUGUCUAAAAUAGAGACUAAAUCUAAAUCUCAUUAUUAUUAUUAUUAUUACAAGGUCACCAACCUAAAUCCGAGAUCCGUAAACCGGGGGCUGGUAAACUCCUACAAAAGUUGCUAAUCAACUACUAUUGCAGGAGAUUAGCUAUCCUAUUAUCCUACUAUUAUCCAACUAUUAACAUAGUUGUAACUCCUACAAUAGAUAGUGUUAACUCCUACAAAAGGAAGAGUUUAUAACUGAUUUUUACUUAUUUUAAAAUACCUAAUUUUACUUUUUACACUUUACAACUAUCUAGUGAAAAGUUAACAUAUUUUUUGUUUGAGUUAACACUAUAUUUUGUAGGAGUUAACAUUUUGUCAAUGUAGAUUACCCACUUUGGUAGGAAUUUACCAUUCCAUUACCUGUAAGAAAUAUCGCUGACAGUAACAAGUGAUUUAUGCCCCACAUGUAUUAAUUACCUCGUUGGGUAUGAAUCGCCAAUAGUAGGUAAUAAUAUAAAAUAUGAACAAAGAUAGGAAAGUUAAAUAAAAUACCUAUUCGGUAUAGGUAUCACAGAUUGGCGAAUUAUAACUUGUAUUUUUAUUUUAAAAUAUCUUUUCCUUAUGUAAUUUAAUAUACGACUAAUAUUUAUCAGUGGCGUAUUUGUGCGGGGUGUGAUGGGGGCGACGCCCCCUAUAAAUUAAUUUGUUUAGGUAUUUUCAAUAUACAUUUGUUAUGUAUGUAUUGUAUGUACAAAUAUAUAAUGUUGCUAGAAAAGUGUUAUUAGACAUAAGUAAAAAUAACAACACUUAUUGGUAAGAUAUAUAAGGGUGGAAUUAUCCUAUAUUAUGUAAUAGAAGUGGCCAAACUGCGGCUCUCGUCAUAGACUCAUGCGGCUGGCAUCUUAUCAUUAGAUACAAAUCAUUUUUUCAAAGAUUUUUUAUAUGAAUUUAUGUAUUUGAAGAAGUAUAAUAUUUUAUAAAAAAAUUUACAAAAAUAAUAUUAUUAUAUUAGUAUUUUUAAUAUAAUAUUUCAAUGUGUAUUUUUUUUUUUAAUUUUAAUGUAUUUACAAUUAUUAGUUAAUAUCUUAUUUGUUGUGUUGUUCACUUUUUUUUUUUUAAGUUUUCGAAGUCAGGAUUAUACGUUGUUAUAGAGGUCCUUAUUUAUAAUUCAGCUAAAUGAUCAUAUGUUAAAAUUGAACGAUGUUUAGAUUUUAUUAUUUUUAUUGUCGAGUAUAAAAACUCCUAAGAAUAUGUUGUUCUGAAAAUUCUACACAUUUUAUACAUAUUUUUAUAUUUUAUCUUCUUAACGAUAAUCAUAUAUUUAUAUUAUAAAUGGGCUAAGGGGAAAAACCAUAAUAAAAAUAAUAAUAAUAAUAAUAAGUAUAAUAAAUUUGGAAAAAAUUUAAAAUACUGAAACUUUGAAUGCUCUUAAUCUGUCAGUUUUUUAUUCAUGGUUUAUUUCAUUAAAAAAUGGAUAGUGAAAUGAUAACCUUAAUGAACCAGCUAAAUCCAAUACAUGAAAUAAUAAAUGUUUCUUGAUGUAUUUUGAUAGAAAAAUUAUUUACAGAAACUGAAAAAACAUAAUUAAAAAAUAUACAUUAAUAACCCAGCUUAUACGCUCAGAAAUUAAAAUUAUUGCAAUAUGCGAUCAUUUUUUUUUUUAUUUUACCACUAAUAACACAUUUUUAUAAAUGGUGAACUUAGUUUCAAACUGACGAGCAUUUUUGCAACGUCCACAUAAAUCAAAUAAAAUCAAAAAAACUCUGCAAUUUCAAAUGGUUUUAAACUGCUUGCAGAAUAAAAGUCGGAACAGAUAUCUGUUUGAAUAGGUACAAUGUUAUACGCAUUGCGUUAUUGGUUUUCAAAAGCCGCAUGAGCGUAUAUUCAUGUUAAAGAUUAAUUCGUAUUAAUGAAUUAUUCAUCGCAACCGCAUCGCGAUUACAAACCGACCGCCACUACAAAUUAGUGCAAGGUCAACCGCCUACCAAUGAUUUUUGGAAGUUAGGGCGGACUACGCCCUUGCGUCUGUAUCGAAAGAAGUACACAAGUCCCCGCCCUAUAGAUUCCGAACGGGGUAUAUAUAAGUAGCGGGACGCCCGUCAUCGGCAUCACACUCACAACACAACUCCCGAGUCGACCAUAGGUUAGGUAGGAAGCAAAACCCAGCGAUGACGGAGCAAGAGUAAAGAAACAAGCUUUUAUCGCCGCCGUCCCUGCUCGUAAGCGUCACAUAUUUUAUGAUGAUCUACUUCAAAAUAUUUUUUGGUAUAAUACAAAACAAUAUUUGUUUACAUCGAGCCGUUUUUUUUCCAGCGGUUCUCGCUUAUUCCGCUUCCGCCCCGGGAUCCUUCUCGUACGGAUACUCCACGUACGGCGCCUACCCGUACGCCUAUCCUGCUCCGUUACCGUACGCGGCAAAGGCCGCUUAUGCCGAAGACGACGGUAGCUACUGGCCCGGCAAGUACGAGAAGAUCUACGUCCCAGCUCCCUACCCGACCGUCUACCACUACUGAACCGCACCGUCCCGUCAACUAUUCUCAACGUCACGCCUACAAUAAAUAAUUAUUAUUACUUACCCGUAUCGUUAUAUGAUACGUUUUUUUUUUCAAAAAUAAAUAUGUGAUCUUGUUUUUUUUUUUCAUCAAUCGUGGCGUUCGUUUUAUUCAUUGAUUCAUCCGCACAUCAGUGUCUGAUGAAUCAAUGAAUUCUCAAUUUAUAUGUAUUUCUAUUAAAAAAAUGUAAAAUCAAAUUUUACAUUGAAACGGGUAGCUAUUUCCUUUUAACGAGAAUACUGAAAGAUUUAUUAGAAUAUGAUCAUAUUUUAUUAUAGAAACCUGAAAUAGUCUAUAUAUACCUACAAACCAAAUAUUUAAAUCUUUAGAUUAUAGGUGGGGAAUUGGGAAGUUAAGUUAGAUAUAGUUCAAUAAAUUUAUGCCUGUACAUAAUGAUAAAUUUCUAACGAAAUGCCAAAAGAGUUUUAUUCACAUAAAUCUGAAAAUAUGUCUUCGGGAAAUGCCGUGAUUUUUACAACUUUACUCAAAAUUUGAAUUUAAUACUUUCAAAAAAGAAAAUCUUGAGUAUGAAUUUUUGAUAUAUUUAAAGUGCCACAGUAAUAAUUUAUAAUAUAUUUUUAAAGUAAACAAUUUAAUUUUUUUAAGACUUUAUUUAGAGGAAAGCUUUCCCUGAAAUCUUUAUAAACCAUUUUAAAUGUCAGAGCUCCGUCAAAGAUCUCAAAUUCUCCCCCAUCUUCCAUUUUGUAUUAUGGAAAUAUUCUUUAAAAAAAAAACAUUAAAUAACCGAUUGCUAUAAUGCCAUAGUGUUAUUAUAACCUAAUAUAAUCUAAUGCGUAAAGACAUAAAGUGAGUAAUAAUCCAAUAUUACUUCUAAAAAAAUAUCAAAUUUUGAGCACACAAUCAGUAAGAAUAAGGAUUAAAAUUUAAAACACAGAAAUGGGAUAUUCCUAACACUAACACUGUACUGUUGCAAUUUUCGACUGGAAGCGUGAGUAAGAAAAUUAUGGAGGCAAUUUUAAAAAUUGUAUAAAAUAAAAAAUUUAAUACAAAUAAAAACAAUAUGUUACAAAGCAAUUGUAAUUUUAUUAAUAUAUAUCAAAAUAUUUCUAAAUUUCAUAAAAAAAAAAUCACUCAAUGUAAAUUUUCUUCAAAUUUAAAAAUGCUAUAAAUCAAUAAAUGUUAAAUUUAGGUCAAUGAAUCAAAAUGACUUUAAAAAAAUGGUCUAUUCAUAAUAUCUGGUGACAACAAAAAUAAAGGUUACUAUUUAAAAAAAAGUAAUUUUAAUUGCUCAUGAACGCGCUGAAAGGUUAAAAACUGAAAAUCAUCUCGAGUUUGUACUUCGGUUCUCUCCAUCAUCACCUACCGAAAAUCCCAUUUCAAGGUCAUUGGGCUGAGAUAUUUAAUGGUACAUACCUGUAAGAUGGGAUACACUGUAGAUAAUAUUUGUAUACUUUGUAUUAUACUUCUAUAAUUUGUGUAUUAAAUUAUGUUUGCCAAACUAAAAUACCAUUUAGUUUGUAGUUUAAAUUGCCAGUGAACUGCAAAAGGCUUUAUCGAUUUUUUGAAAUUCCUUAGCCUUCUUUGAAUUUUCUUAUCUAUUGCCGAUUUUGAUACACCAGGAAGUUUAUGAAAACAAAUAUACAAAAUUCAAAAUGCACUAUGUACAAAUUAUAUUUAAAUAGGAGAUACAAAUUACUAAUUGUCUUUUUACAAAAUAUAAUUUGUAGGUAUUUUUAAAUAGGGACAAUCACAAUACUAAUAUCUUACAUAUUUUGCGCCCAAUAUGGUGUAUAUAGAGGUACAUAAUUUCCUAACACUAAGUAGGUAUUUGUAUUAUUUUUUUUUAAUGUAUUAAUUUGUAAUUUUACUUUAGAUAUAUGAUAAUAUAUAAGUUCAAGGGUUAGUUCACUCGAUCAUUCUUUUAAUAGUAUAAGGUGUGUACAAAAAUAAAAUUCAUCGAAGAUUAACUAUUGUAUACUCGUAUAUUGCCCAUGUGUUAUGUAAAUAGUUUGUACAUGCGUUAUAUUUUAAUACAAUAUUAUUAAGAUCUCCAGAGACAAAAAAAAAAUCUGAUACUGAUCUGAUGAUGUAAAUUUUACAAUUACCAAUUCAAAUUUGAACUUCAAACGUGUAUAUAAAAAAAAUUCUAAAUUGUGCUAAACUUUUUUAUUUUGGCUAUUAAUAUAACUGAUGAUGGACUUCAACAGUCAAAUUAAAUGAAUUUCACAAUGUCCAAACAUUUCUGAUCGGCCAAAAUAAUUUUGUACAUAUAAAACCAAAUUAAACUAAAAAUAUUUACUUAAUAAUGUCAUCAAAUGCCUAUAAAUAGUUUAAAAACCACCAGAAUGUUUUACAAAUUUCAUAAAAUCUAAAAAGGCCAAUAUAGUAGUAUUCCGUGAAUAUUUCAGAUCCACAAUUAUUUUUAAUCGAACAAAACAAAAAAUCGAAAAUAAUGAAAUAAUUAUUUCAGUAUACAUUUUCUUGUGUUUUUUUUUCGUUUUUUAAAAAACGUAAAAACGUAUCUUAUUUCCGGUUUAUCUCAGUUAUACAGAAAUAUUUCGCUGCUACACUUGAAUUUCAGAGUAAGAAUCUUGGUUUAAAAACAAAACCGAAUAAAGUGGAAGUAAUGAUACUUUCGUUGCCGUGAAUUUAUCGAUUUUUUCUACACAUUUUUUUUAAAAAUUGUUCCCAAUUAUUAUGAAAACUGCUAAGACUGCAACGAUUGCGUGUUAAUUUUUUUUUUUGUCCAAUGAAUUUGGCAAUGGUAAUAAUAAUAUAUUACACUAGUCAUAAUUUUUGGGAAAAAAAAUAUUCAAUUUACUAAGCGGAUAAUAAAAAAUUAAAUUACGUAUAAAAAAAAAAAAGAUCUUAUAUCAUACUGAUGGGUGUGCCACUGUUGUAUUUGUGGGAAGUUCGGUAGGUUGGUCGUUGGUAAUAAUAUAUAGUUAUUUAAUUAACAACUUCGCGCAACGAUAAAUCAUUUAACAAUGAUUCUGAAUGAAGUUCGAUUGAACAUGUUUUGAAAAAUCAUAAUUUUCAUGGUUUUCAUAAAAAUUUAAACUUAACAAUUUCAUAAAAAAAUUAUCUCAUUACGCUGAACUUUUUUUUAGACCAUUAGAUAUAAAAUUAUGAUUCACCUCGUGUUAAAUUUACGAACAUUUACGUCCAAGACAAUUUUUCCCACAUAAACCUAAACAAUGAAAUAAAUUUAAAAUGGCUUAAACACCUCCAAAAUCGCUAGAAAGUUUUGAAAAUGUUACCGGAUUUAGAAUGGGAUAAUAUAUAAGAACACUCAGUGAAAACUUCCGGUCUCUGCGAUUAUCUUCAACACAAUUAAAAUAAAAAGCCCAAAACUGCUGAUAUAUGUAAGUCACUGUUUUAGCAAGAAAUUUCGAAGGGAAUAUAUAUUAUAUAGAGUAAUUCAAUUUAUGUCUGUACGAAACUAGGUACAAACUACUGUUUUACAAACACGGUUUUCCCCCUAUUUCUUCGUAAAAACAGCUGGAAAAAUCAAAAAAUAAUCUCCUUGAAAUACUACCUCAGUUAAAUUUCCUUUUAAAAAAAGAGUUAUAUACUUAAAAAUCUGAGUAAAAUUGCUGGGAGAAAAAUAAAUAAACAUUGUAAAACUAAUACAUUCCUCGCUCCGCUCAGAAUCUAAAAUACAUAUUUUGACCAUUUACGGCGUUCUAACAAAUUGAAUAUUGCAAAUAGUCUUUUUGUAAGUCAAUUUUUCAAUCAUACGACAUACUAAUAUCAUAGAUAUGAAUUUUACGAUUUUUUUUUAUGUGUAAUAAACAAAUAUAAAAAAUUUAAAAAAAAAUUAUACAUAAAAAUAAAAAAAUAAUUAAUUAAUACAUCUGGAGUAUUAUACGACCGAUUUCGAAUCAGGUAUAUCACAGUCAAAAUGUAAAACUUGACUGAUUAUAAAAAAUUAAAUUGUAGUACGAAAUAUCAAAAUAAGAUGUUUAAUGAAUUCGCUAAAAUUUUGAACAAUAAUACAAAUAAUUUAAUCAAACAUGUAAACAAUAGAACUAAAAACUUCACAAAAACUCCUCCUUCCUUUAAAAAUGCUGCUAUAUAUGAACAUAAAUGUAACUGUAAUACAUUUUAUACAGGUUAGACAAAUAGAUAUUUUAAAAUAAGAUAUAAAGAACACAUUUCUGAAAGAAAAUUAAAAGACUGCUUCUAAUUCAAAUUUCGCCAAACGUGUUUUAGAAAAUAAUUAUAAUAUAAAGCUUUGAUAUUAAUACAGACUCAGGGACAUAAAAUAUCCAAAAUAACAUUUACAUUAAUUCAGUUUUAGAAGAAUGAUGUAUAUACAUAUAUACAAUGAAACAAAGAAAAAUAAUUUAAUAAUAUUUUAAAUGCAAAAACCAAUUUUAAAAAUAAUUUCUUAUAUCAAUACAUUUUAGAUAAUAAAUAUUAACCAAACAAUUGAUAUUUCUUAAAAUAUCUAUGUCUAAUAAUAACCCAUAUUAAAUAAUCUCUUCAAUUAAAAUAAAUUAUUUCGAUAUGAAACGGCCAAUUUGUAAACAUUUUUGCUAUGUAUUCAUUUAAUUUUUUGCAUUCAUCGCGUUGUACAUUUUGACUGUGAUAUACUUGAUGAUGAAUUUUUAAUUCGAAACCGGUCGUAUAAUACUUCAGGUGACGCAUUUAUUUAUUCCAGAUCUCUAUACAUAAUUUAUUUUUUAUUUAUGUAUUUAUUUACGAUUAUUAACCAUUUUAAUAAUUAUUUUUUUUACUUUAUUAUUUUAUUAUUAUUAUUAUUAUUUUUUUUUUUUUUUUAUAUAUUUAGCUCAUUUUUUUGCUUGUAAGAGCAGUGUAUAAGUUUUGAAUAUUGCGUUUCGAGAGUCAGUGACCGCGCGUCUCGUCCAAGGGCAGCAAGGAUACCGCGGACGUACAGGUACGCAAAAAGUAUGCGUAUUUACGUCCAAAACUUGUUCACGGUACACCCCGAAGCCAAGUGUGUGAAAAGUGUAUCAAAAUGCUAUAAUUUUUAAUUUACUACGAACUACGCAUGUUCGUUCGGAUUGGACGUCUCGCGAUAAAUCCGUAUACGGGUACGUUGUCGACGGUGGCACAUCCGGCAACGCCCUAAAAUAAUAAUUGGGCGUGUUACACGAAGUAUUAUAGUUUCGUUAUUACAAUAUUAUAUUUUAUUAUAAAUAAAAAAAUAAUCCAGUUUAAUCGGAGUAUUAUAUAUAAAACUAUUACCAAGGUCACGGUUACGGUCAACGUGCCGCAGUCCAGAAUAUUGACCGUCAACGUAACAAGCGUCGUCCGCAAGGUCGACCGCCUCCGGGACGCCCGGACUUUUGACCGUUCGAAACCGGCGACGCCCUUUUCGGUGGUAGGCCGUAAAAAAAGAUCGCGAUAACAGUCACCGGGCAUCACAUUUUCGUAAAAAUACACAUUUACUUGCCCGAGUCCUAAAGUCGACCGCAGGUUGAAGUUUGUAGAUCGCCGUUGUAGUAAACGCAGCAAAAAAAAACGCCGCCAAACUCAAAAUGGCUUCUUUCAAGAAUCCGGUAAGUGGACGGUUUUGACUACGUGCCAUUACAAUACACGAUGAUUGCGUUUAUCUGCAUCUAAAAAUCGGACGGUAGUAAUUAUUUCCGAAAUAAAGUUAGAGUGGGUCUACCGCAGUAUGGGCAUAUCAUUUAUUGACGAUGAAUACGUUUCUACCGAACAGUCACAAUCAUCGCCGGUAAUGCUAAUGGGCAAACAAAAUGGCAACUUCAUGAUAUACGAUUUAAAUUGGUCGAGUGCAAGGGGAAGAUCGAGAAUUCUCACCCGACCGUACAAUUAUUAUUAUCAAUUUUAUCUUGCACAAUUCAUUAUAACAUAGAUUUUUUUAUUGUAUCCCGGCAGAUAUUCGUCGCCUUGGUCGUCUGCGCCGUCGCCGCCGAAGAAGCAAAACCUAGCGAUGACGGAGCAAGAGUAAAGAAACAAGCUUUCAUCGCCGCCGUCCCUGCUCGUAAGCAUAACACAUUUUAUGAUGAUCUACUUGAAAAUAUUUUUUGGUAUAAUACAAAACAAUGUUUGUUUACAUCGAGCCGUUUUUUUUUCGUUUUUUUUUUUCCAGCGGUUCUCGCUUACUCCGCUUCCGCCCCGGGAUUCUUCUCGUACGGAUACUCCACGUACGGCGCCUACCCGUACGCCUAUCCUGCUCCGUUACCGUACGCGGCAAAGGCCGCUUAUGCCGCUUACCCGGCUUACCCCGCUUACGCCGAAGACGACGGUAGCUACUGGCCCGGCAAGUACGAGAAGACCUACGUCCCAGCUCCCUACCCGACCGUCUACCACUACUGA